ACAAUUUUCUCCUUAAAAAUAAUUAAAUAAAACAAACUCAAACUCAAGGUAUAAACACCUUUCCAUGUGUUGUGUAAGAAUAUACUGUAACACUGUAAUUUGUUGGGGGGGGGGGCGUUUCCGGUCAUUGAAGCCCCGCCCCCUCUCUCCACUGUGUGUUUUCAGCCCUCACCUCCCUGCAGCCUCUGCAACACCUCUCUACCUCAGCAUGCUGUAGUGUGCAGGAGGAGACACAGUCAGCCUGGUUAUUCUUCAGAGACUGCAGCAGAGGAGCAACCGGUGUGCUGCAUCCACACGGGCAGGCUGUUCUUCACUCCGCCUCCUCUUCCUCUCCUCCGUUCGUCGUCCAGCCAUGUCGGGCGACAUUCUGCAGCGUCUCAGCCCUUUGACGCUGAGCAUCAAGCACCUGGUCCACCUGCCGCGCCUCACAGACCUCAUCCCUUCUUCCUCCAUUCCAUCCCCCAGCCCAACCGUCGCCGUCUCCCAGGUCCCCAGCCUGUUCCGAGAGCCCUACAUCCUGUCGGGCUACCGCCCCGUCCAGCAGGCCUGGCACUGCUACCUCCUCAGCCUCUUCCAGAGACACAAUGAAUCCCUGAACGUGUGGACUCACCUGUUGGCGGGCCCUGUGCUGCUGCUCCGCUGGUGGGCCAACGUCGGCGCCCUGGGGUACACCUUGGACGCAGCCUCUCUACCUCUGACUGUGUUCCUGGUGUCGGCCCUCACCUAUCUGUUCUUCAGCGUGGCGGCUCACCUCCUGCAGUCUCGCUCUGAACAUGCACACUACUCCGUCUUCUUCAUGGACUACGUGGGCGUGGCCGUGUAUCAGUAUGGUUGCUCGCUCGGACACUACUUCUACACGUCAGAGCCGGCGUGGAGAGACAGCUGCAUCGGGCAGAUGUUUCUACCCGGGGCUGCCUUCUUUGGGUGGCUCUCCUGCGCCGGCUGCUGUUUUGCUAAGUUCAGGUAUCGGCGGCCUUACCCACUGCAGCGUAAGAUCUGCCAGCUGAUCCCCACCACGCUGGCGUACGUGCUGGACAUCAGCCCCGUUGCCCACCGCCUGCUCACCGUCCCCUGGACACAGGAGCCCUCGCUGCCCUUCCACGCCCUCCAGAUCGUCUCUUUCCUGCUGUCGGCGCUCUUCUUCUCCUGUCCCAUCCCCGAGCGCUUCUUCCCGGGCCGCUGUGACUUUGUGGGUCAAGGUCACCAGAUCUUCCACGUGUUCUUGUCUCUGUGCACCAUGUUCCAGCUGGAGGCUCUGUUCAGGGACUACGCCGGGCGGAGGGACACUGUGGUGGAGGUGUUUGGAGAAAGGCAGCUGUGGUGGGCUUGUGUGUCCUUCCCCGUCCUGUUCCUGUGCUGCCUGCUGACGGCGCUCUUCACGAUGACGCGCAUGAAGAAGUUCCUGCAGGAUAAAGAGAGAGAAGAGUGACGAGUGUGUGUGUGUGUGUGUGUGUGUGUGUGUGACAGUUUAAAUGAUCUCAUAAUUAAUGAUGAAAUCCAGCCAUCUUUAAAUGUUUUUGUUUGGUAAAUAAAUAAAUGAAUGAAUGUGUUUUCCUCUGAGAGUAUUUGAACAAUAAAAUAAUGUGAAAGAAU